GGCGGCUGAGGGGCAUGGCGAGCUGCCGGCGGCUGAGCGGCGCUGGGCUGCGGGAGGUGCUGGGCUCGGCCGAGGGUUUGCUCUUCGACUGCGAUGGCGUCCUGUGGGCGGGCGAGCGCGCCGUCCCCGGCGCCCCCGAGCUGUUGGAGAGGCUGCGGCGUAGCGGCAAGGCCGCCCUUUUCGUCAGCAACAACAGCCGCCGUUCCGUGGCCGAGCUGGAACGGCGCUUCAGCCGCUUGGGUUUCCGCGGCGUCCGCGCCGAGCACGUCUUCAGCUCCGCGCUCUGUUCCGCUCUUUUCCUCCGCCAGCGUCUCCUCGGCGAAGCCGGCAACGGAGGAGGCCGCGUCUUCGUGCUGGGCGGCGAGGGGCUGCGCGGCGAGGUGCGUGAUGCCGGCCUGCGCCUGGCGGGUGAGGGCGAACCGCUGCCCGGCGCUACGGAACCGGUGCGGGCCGUCCUGGUGGGCUACGACGACCAGUUCACCUUUGCCAAGUUGGCGCAGGCCUGCGGCUACCUACGUGACCCCCAGUGCCUCCUGGUAGCCACCGACCCCGACCCCUGGCACCCGCUCAGCGAUGGCCAGCGCACCCCCGGGACUGGCAGCCUCACAGCAGCGGUGGAAACUGCUUCGGGCCGCAAGGCGCUGGUGGUGGGGAAACCAAACACGUACAUGUUUGAUUGCAUCGUGGAGCGUUUCGGCAUCAACCCGUCCCGCACCCUCAUGGUGGGAGACCGUCUGGAGACAGAUAUCCUCUUCGGCAAGAACUGCGGCCUCUCCACCAUCCUCACCCUGACAGGUGUCUCCCGCCUGGAAGAGGCACAGGCCUACAUGGCCAGCGACAGCGCUGCUGCCAAGGAUCUGGUGCCCAACUACUAUGUGGACAGCAUUGCAGACUUGAUACCGGGCCUGGAUGAGUAGCAGUCUGCACACGUGAGGGCAGAGGGGUCAGGUUUCCCAUCCCAGAUCUCCAUCUGUUCCCAUUCUCUCUCACUGCCCUAUUCCUUCAAUUCCUGGUUUCUCCACAUUUCAGUGCCCUUUGGGGGCAAAAUGGGGGGGAUUGGCAGGAGGGGGCAGGGUUCAAGUUGUCUCCUUUCUGCUGAGAGCUAUCCAUGAUGGACAGAGUCCUUCUCUCCCUCAUAUGCCAGCUGCCAGCGUCUCUGGGAGAGAGCUGGAGGCCUUGAGGCUGAGAGG